GCAAUACCUUCAGAUCCAGAUUCAUAGCGCCUAAGACUAUGGUGCAUAAUACUGUAGUAGCUGAACGCUCAGCGUGCGACUUCUGUCAUUCGAGAAAGAUCAAAUGCGAUCGGCAGUGCCCAUGUGCCAAUUGCAUCGAAGCCCUAGUAGAUUGCCGCAGAGAUCGACCCAAGAAAAGCAGGCGCCCGAAUGGAGCUCGCGCGGCCUGCUUGUCUGAAAGGCUUGCUGCGCUCGAGUCAUCAGUUGCCGGUCAUCCAUCUCACGACGGCCCAACUCGUCAUGCGGUAGCAGAUGGGUUACCAGAGCAGGAGAUUAUUACGAACGACGAAAGGAUUGUGAGGCAAUCGUCGAAUCCCUUGGAUAGAAACGCCAGAGAUGGCUUGACCCAGCAAACCUCAGAGGGUUCUCGAUUUCUGCAAUGCGUACUUGGAGCAAACCCAUCGCUCGGAAUAUGCAAAUAUAAGGUGAUGCGGGAGGCGAUUGACUUUGUCAGUCGGUUCUCUAGUACAUCGAACCCAUACUUUGCGACCGAUGCUUUUGACCCGUCUGAAUCAAGUAGUGAGCUUGAGUCAAAGGGGUUUCCGCCUGAGCUGUUAUAUAUGAUGUCAAUGAAUACUGAGUCGAAUACCACGAAAGUGUCAUUCUGGCCGGAUCACGUUUCGUUUCAGACCUUGGAAAGAAUGUGCUUGUCCCUUAUCGAAGGGAAAGAGGACCACCACACGCUUACUUGUUACCGUGUCUGCGUCUAUAUGAAAGCUGCCUUUUUGCUUUGCCGAUUACCAAAGAAAGAUCGGAGUGUGCCACUGCGAAGGCGUCUUGAAAAAAGUAAAAAGCAAUAUGAACGCGAGAUACAUCAAGCUCUUUCCGAGAUCGACUAUCUUGCACGCCCAAGUUUGGUUCUCCUGCAAGCAUUUCUGUCGGGUGCACUAUUCAUGCAGAACCAAGGUGACAUGUCCCGAAGCUGGACGUUAGCAGCGCUAGCAUCUCGAACCUUGGUAUCUCUCAAUUAUCACUCGAUUGACUCGCUUAGGUUCAUUGAUGAAACAAAUCGUGACAUAUAUGGGUCCUUGUAUACGUGUUACUAUCUUGACAAAAUGCUCAGUGUGCUCCUUCUCAGAUCGCCCUCCCUUCCAAGGCUAAAGGUCAAACCAGCAGACUUGGUUUUGUUGGACCCUCAGUUUCCUCUCAGUGCCAGUAUCAAAAUUAUGGUUGAGUUUGCACAAAUCCAGGAAGGUGUUCUCGAUAUACUCAACUAUACCAAUAAGAAUGAUCAAGUCGCUGUGAUUCCCAACCUUAUACGGAGCAUGCAUGGCAUACAUGCACUGAUACAAAAGCACCAAAAUGAACCACCGUUCCGCGAAACGACCUAUGAAUGGGCUGCCAUCGAAUAUGGCUAUUAUGCACUACUCGCUAGUGUGUUGCACUUGAACCAACGUAUUGUACAAGAUCGAUCAAUCCGGGAAGAUUGCCUGUUGGCUUCUCGACAAGCGCUCAUACGCCUGGGAAAAAUUCAGGACGAGAUGUACAUCGAUGCGAAUUUCCUUGAUGAGUAUCCAUACUUUCUCACCUGGACAUUACUGUUCUACCCACUUAGUCCCUUUUUUGUCCUUUUCAGCAACGUUGUAUUUUCAGCGCACCUCGAUGACUAUGCAUUGAUGGCCACAGUCACCAAAGGGGUUUCGCGCUUUGUGGACAUGCAUCCCUCUGUUGCUGGGAUACAUAAGCUUUUCUCUGCUUUCCUGAGAAUGGUUGGGCCUCUGGUCCAUAAUCGCUCGAACCCCCCGCUUUCUCAACCGAAUUCGGAUGCUGCAGCGCAGAGAAAUGAACACACCAAUCUCACCAGGAUGGCGACUCCACAUCGUCCAACAGACAUCGAUAAUUCCAUUUACUCAAACGUCGUCCAAGGUGGGAUUGAUCUGCCAGACCAAGGUGUUGCCAGUCAAGACGGGCAGGUUGCCCCGGACGAUGAACUCGUAUGGGACUUGAUAGAUUCUCAACCAUGGCUGGGAUGGAUGAGAUCGGAUGCCUUGACAGGCAAUCCCGCCUCCAAUUGGCUAUUGUAGCCAUCUUUUGUAAUUCAUAAUAUGACCAUUUUACAGGCCAUUAUUCCAAGAAAUACAGAGUCCGGACUACGGGAGCUGACAGGGGACAUUUCGCCAUCAGCUCAGCGCUAAUUUCUACUGUCUGCAAAUGCACUUUCUCGUGAUAAAGUGUGGUGGUUACCUUUAAUCAUAACGUACCCAACUUGUCAG